ACGGGUUCUUUCUUUCCUUUCCUCCACUUUUGCGAACACACACACACACACACACACACACACACAAACUGCUCCGCCUCUGAUUCAGUGGACAAUUGAUGCUGAACGAACUCCGAGGAUGCUCCAUGAGGACUGCGCUUAACAUAUUGCUAUUCACUAUUCUGCCCUCCCUCUUCUGCAAUUUCACCGGCCAACAGUGUGUGGGAGCUUUCACCGGAACGCCUUUCUGCUUGAAUGCGUACCCGUUCUUGGCGUACACGUACAAUUCGGACAAGAUUGAUGUCAACUAUGCCCUCUUCAAUUCAAACGAGGGAAUUUACGACGAGAGAGCGAAUCUCCAUUAUGACAAUCUGCUAGAUGCUCAGAUUGAUGCGGCGUAUGCCGCUUUGCAAGACGCCGGGUAUGGUAAAAUGGAAGUCGUAGUUACUGAAACGGGCUGGGCUUCUCAAGGGGGGAAGAAUGAACCGGGUGCGACCGUGGAUAAUGCGAGGACUUACAAUUAUAAUUUGAGGAAGAGACUUGCUAAGAGGAAGGGAACUCCGUUGAGGCCGAAUACCGUGCUGAGGGCUUAUAUCUUUGCUCUUUUUAAUGAGAAUUUGAAGACGGGUCAGUUGUCUGAGAAGAACUAUGGGUUGUUUAAAGCCGAUGGGAGUAUAGUAUCUCGUAUGAUAUUGGUUUUCCUGGACUUCAUACUCCUUCCAAAUCGACUUCGAAGGGAAUCAUGGUUCAAGGGUCAUAUUACCCAAAACCGUGAGGAUAGCCAGAACCCUUCCGUUCACUCUUACGGUUCUGGUGGCCGGUCUCCAACCUUCGGUUCCUCUUCCUCUUCUUCUUCCGACUCUGAGCACCCGGCUACUUCUCCACAGAAGAAGCCGGUUGAUGCUUCCACUUGCGCUCCCUCUUCUUUCGUGGCGCAAGUGGUCUCGGCUACCCAGCCCGGGGACGAGGGCUUCAUUCUGCUAGACAACCGGUUGAUCCAGGAGCAACAGUCGUAUAUGCAGAAGCCCCAAGUUCACGAGCUGCGUAAUCUGAUGCCCGAUGGGUAUCAAUUGACCUACCGGGCAACGUGGAAGAGCAUUAUUCCUCUCCACGUUGGUACGUCGAUUGGUAUCCAUUACCACUCGAUCAAGGACUUGGGUGAAUUCUCUAUUCACCCAUUCAAAGUCCUUUUCCUUGAGACAUACGGUAUCAUGCCCGGGCAGUUGGCCCCUAAUGGUCACCGUCUGUUGGGCAGUUUUAUCAAUGUCUGCCGGUUCCUCCGUAUCCCUUUCUCUCUCCGUCUCUUCGAUCACAUGUUCGACGUCCGGCCCAGGUCCAAGGAAACCCUUGGAUUCGUGGUGGUAUCUUCCCACCAAGGCCGGACAUUCCUCUGUGGCCUUCCACCUUCUAACAAGAAGUGGAAGGACAAAUAUGUUUGCAUCAAAUUCCCCCCAGCUGCUUUUCCCUUUGCCCAAAAUGUCUGGGGGAAGAGAAUGAAGUGCCAGGUCAAACCAGUGGAGGCCGAAGACCUGGCUGCCUGGGAAGCCACCCUCCGGGCCGGGGACGCCUCCACCCGCGGUCUGUACCACGUCGGGAAGUGGAGCGUUUACCCCGGCCGGGAGACCGACCCCGAACCGGAGAUUGUUCUGCCCGGGGUGAUCCCCGAAGCCAUCCCCAUCAGCCGGGCGAGGGGAUCCAAAGCCCUGGCCACAGCCCUUGCCGGCCCUUCACGCCCGGCGAACCAGCCGUUCCUGCUGGACGACCAGCCGGCUCGAUCCCACCAAGGAACCAGCCAGCCGAUUCACUCGGGGGAGAUCUAUAUCAAUGUAGACACCUUCGAGUUCGACAACUUUAUGGGAGAGACCGGCCAUACUUCUCAGGCCGGCCAGCAGGUUCAGCCCAAUGAGGAAGGAGAACCCGAGGAAGAGACAGCUGGGGAGUCUCUUCAACGGAAGAGGCGGAGGACCGAAGAGGUCAACCAGCCAUCUCACCAGGGACCCCAGUCCUCCGACGCUGGCAAGGGACCCAUCGUGCCUCGAUCUCCGCUCCUGAUGUCCCGGUCGAACGAAGAGCUUUUCCAAGCUUUUCGUUCGGACCUGAAUGAGCAGGUCGGCCGGAUUGGUGAGGAGUACUUCGCCCGGUUGGUGAAGUCAAUGGAUGAAGAGAAGGCCCGGAUGGAGGCCAUGAUGGCUGCAAAAGAGGCCGAUGAGCAGGCUCAGGCCAAGAUCCAACAGCUGGAGGCCGAGAAUGCCCGGUCAGCUGAGGAGAUCGCCCGACUUGGAGACGAGCUGCAGAAGGAGCAGCCAGAGCGUGCCGCCGUUGCCGCUGCCUGGGCUGCUCAAGCGCCGGAGGAGUUCGCCGCUACGGCGCUGCCUGACCGGGAGACUGCUAUCCGCUUCUUCCAAGGUCUUUACAAGCAUCAAGUAUCGGCCGACAUCGUGGACGAGAUUGGAACCUACGGCUUUGAAAGCGGCCAGUACUCGGAGCGGAAGGCCCUCUACGGCAUCCUUCAGCAGAGGAUCCAAGGUUUUCAGCCGAAGGCUCUUUCUCUGCCCGAGCUGCAUAGCGAGGCGCCUGAACCUCCCUUCCCGGGCAUCUGAUCCGUCCGGCCUUCCUUUCUCAUCUGAUUUUCUCUCUUUUUUUAUGAUGUAAUGAUCUGCCUCCGGGCACUUUUGUAAGACAUUGAAAUAUUAAUGAAAAUAUGCUUUAUGUUAUGUGCUGAGUGCUUUUUUCCAUAUCUCAUCACUUCUCUUCAACUUGAAUUCUUUAACCGUUUAGAUUAAUAAAUAACAGCCCGGCUGCAUUUACCCGGUUUAGAAUACAAUUUUACCUAAGUC